CCGGGUCAGUAGUGAUUCUGUAAUCACUUCCUGCAUAGAGCAAUGAUGGCGCUGGUGAAGGUCUGAGCUGUCGCUUCUUUACAGCAGACAUCACUGUGGUUUCACCUGCACUUCCAUGGAGAAGAGACAUCCCGAUCCAGGAAAGACGAACAGAAAUAUUUAGGGGAUUUUAUUUUAUUUUUUUAAAGUAUACAAGGGACCCCUCGCCUCCUCACGGAUUUGGGAUUCAAUAGACUCGAGGUGCUGUUUUCGCUCCCCUCUGCAUCGCUUAAUAGAGUUAGCUGCCCGGAGCUUUCUUCUUUUAAAAUGGCCCCGGUGCAGAUCGAGAAUAACCAACUGGUCCCGGCUGGGGGUCCCACCUCAGCGCCCCCACCUCCUCCCCCUGGGGCGACGGCAGGGGCUCCUGCGACUCACGGGGUCCGACUCAGCCUGCUCAUCGAAUUCUUACUGCAGAGGACCUACCAUGACAUCACACUGUUGGCUGAACUCCUUCCCAGGAAGACUGAUAUGGAAAGAAAAAUCGAGAUUGUGCAGUUUGCCAGCCGGACCCGUCAGCUCUUUGUUCGCCUGUUGGCGCUGGUUAAGUGGGCAAGCAAUGCUGGGAAGGUGGAGAAGUGUGCGAUGAUCUCAAGUUUUCUCGACCAGCAGGCCUUUCUCUUUGUGGACACUGCAGACCGACUGGCCUCGCUGGCGAGGGACGCCCUAGUUCAUGCUCGUUUGCCCAGUUUUGCCAUCCCCUUUGCUAUCGAUGUGUUGACCACAGGAUCCUACCUACGCCUACCCACCUGUAUCAGGGAUAAAAUCAUCCCUCCUGACCCAAUCACCAAGGUAGAGAAGCAGUCCACCCUUCACCAGCUCAAUCAAAUCCUCCGACACCGGCUCGUCACCACAGAUCUCCCACCACAGCUGGCGAACCUCACAGUUGCGAAUGGCCGUGUGAAGUUCCGGGUGGAGGGGGAGUUUGAAGCCACGCUCACGGUGAUGGGGGAUGAUCCAGAUAUCCCUUGGCGUCUACUCAAACUGGAAGUCCUGGUGGAAGACAAUGAGACGGGAGAUGGCCGUGCUUUGGUCCACAGCAUGCAGAUCAAUUUCAUCCAUGAGCUAGUCCAGUCCCGACUGUUUGCUGACGAGAAACCCCUGCAGGACAUGUAUAACUGUCUGCAUUCGUUUUGCCUGUCGCUCCAGCUAGAGGUGCUACACUCCCAGACACAGAUGCUGAUCCGCGAGCGCUGGGGAGAUCUGGUCCAGGUGGAGCGAUACUUGCCAGCAAAGUGCCUCACCCUCUCUGUGUGGAACCAACAAGUCCUGGGCAGGAAAACCGGCACGGCCUCCGUCCACAAGGUCAACAUUAAGACUGACGAGGCGGACGGAUCGAAGCCUUUGCAGGUAUCCCACGAGCCCCCGCUGCCGGCCUGUGAUUCCAAGCUAAUGGAGCGUGCCAUGAAGAUUGAACAUUUAUCAGUGGAGAAGUUGCUGAUUGACAGUGUCCAUGCCCGGUCUCAUCAGAAGCUACAGGAACUCAAAGCCAUUCUUAAAAGCUACAACGCUAGCGAUAGCUCAUUCAUAGAAACUGCUCUUCCCACUCUGGUCAUUCCAAUCCUGGAACCUUGUGGCCGUUCCGAGUGCCUUCAUAUAUUUGUCGACUUGCAUUCUGGAAUGUUCCAGCCAAUGCUCUAUGGGAUUGAUCAGUCGACCUUGGACGACAUUGAAAAGUCUAUCAACGAUGACAUGAAGCGCAUUAUUUCUUGGCUUCAACAACUGAAGUUCUGGCUGGGCGAGCAGCGCUGUAGACAGUCUGUGAAGCACCUCCCCACAGUGUGCACUGACACUCUACACCUCUCCAAUGCAUCCUCACACCCAGCAGGGAACCUCUCCAAACACAAGCUCUUCAUUAAACUCACCCGCCUCCCUCAGUAUUAUAUUGUGUUGGAGAUGUUUCACGUGGCCGGCUGCCCCACUGAGCUGGAGUAUAAGUACUACUUCCUGUCGGUCAGCCUGCUGGACGGGGAGGAGGGGCCCCCCAGUGCUCUGCUGCUGCAGCAGUUCAAGCCCAACCUGGAGGAGCUGGUGCUGAGCACUAAGGCAGCGUGCGGGACCAAGACUGGGGCCAAGAGGAAGCUGUCUGGUGACCAGGGUGCAAUUGAACCCAAAAAGCCGAAACGAGCUGGGGAGAUGUGCGCGUUCAACAAGGUCCUGGCGCAUCUUGUAGCAAUGUGUGACACCAACAUGCCCUUUAUAGGACUGCGCUGUGAGCUCUCCAACAUGGACAUUCCACACCAGGGAGUUCAGGUGGAAGGUGAUGGCUGUAGCCAUGCAAUCCGCAUUCUGAAAAUUCCAUCCGGUAAGGGCAUCAGUGAGGAAACGCAGAGGGUUCUGAACCGCUCCCUGUUGGACUGUACCUGCCGACUGCAGGGCAGGAACAAUCGCACCUGGCUGGCUGAGCUGGUCUUCGCCAACUGUCCGCUCACCAGUACCUCCACAAAGGAGCAAGCUGCAACACGGCAAGUUUACCUGACCUAUGAGAGCCCCCUCUCAGAGCCAGUGGGCGGCCGCAAGGUGGUCGAGAUGUUCCUCAAUGACUGGAACAGCAUCGCCCAGCUCUAUGAGUGUGUCUUGGAGUUUGCGCGAUCUCUACCAGACAUGCCCUCCUAUCUAAACCUUUUCUCAGAAAUACGACUCUACAACUACCGCAAGCUUGUCCUGUGUUAUGGAAACACCAAAGGAAGCUCAAUCACCAUUCAGUGGAAUUCGGCAACGCACAAGUUUCACAUUUCCCUGGGAACAGUCGGGCCCAACUCAGGGUGCAGUAACUGCCACAACAUCAUCCUUCACCAGCUGCAGGAGAUGUUUAACAAGACUCCCAACGUGGUUCAGCUACUGCAGGUGCUGUUUGACACCCAGGCCCCGCUCAAUGCUAUCAACAAGCUGCCUACUGUGCCCAUGCUUGGCCUGACCCAGAGGACGAACACAGCCUACCAGUGCUUCUCCAUCCUGCCCCAGUCGCCCACGCACAUCCGGCUGGCCUUCCGCAACAUGUACUGCAUCGACAUCUACUGCCGCAGCCGGGGAGUGGUGGCCAUCCGCGACGGGGCCUACAGCCUCUUCGACAACACCAAGAUCGUAGAGGGCUUCUAUCCAGCCCCGGGUUUAAAGACCUUCCUGAACAUGUUUGUGGACAGUAACCAGGACGUGCGAAGACGGUCUGUCAAUGAGGAUGACAAUCCCCCCUCCCCUGUAGGAGUGGAUGCCAUGGAAUCGAUGAUGUCCCAGCUUCAGCCUCUGCAAUUUGGUAAGCAGCCCGGAGGAACAGGAGCCUAUCCCCUAACGUCGCCCCCGACGUCCUACCACACUGGCGUGGCACCCUCUCCAGGGAACAUCCACGCAGUGAACUCCCCUAGUGGUGCUCUGCGGGCCCCUUCUCCCGCUUCGUUUGGCCCCACCCCGUCACCCUCGUCUCUGGGGAUUUCCAUGGGGCAGGCUUCCAACUUUGCCAGUCCGCAUGGGGCCCUGGACCCCAGCUCCCCAUACACCAUGAUGUCUCCAAGCCAGCGAGCAGGGAACUGGCCGGGCUCGCCCCAGGUGCCUGGUCCCUCGCCUGCUGCUCGCAUGACUGGAAUGUCUCCAGGAAACCCGACCCUGCAUUCUCCCAUCCCUGACGUCUCGCACUCCCCGCGGGCUGGAACCAACUCCCAGACAAUGCCAACGAACAUGCCUCCACCACGCAAACUACCUCAGCGCUCCUGGGCGGCCUCCAUCCCCACCAUCCUGAACCACAAUGCCUUGCAUGUGCUGCUGCUGCCCUCACCCACGCCCUGCCUGGUUCCCGGGCUGGCGGGCAGCUACCUGUGCUCCCCCCUCGAGCGCUUCCUGGGCUCCGUCAUCAUGAGGCGCCACCUGCAGAGGAUCAUUCAGCAGGAGCCCAAUCUGCAGAUUGUGAACUCUAAUGAACCCGGAGUGAUCAUGUUCAAGACUGAAGUGUUGAAGUGCAGAGUCGCUCUGAACCCCAAGAACUAUGAGACGCUGCAGCUGAAGGUGACCCCAGAAAACACGGGCCCCUGGUCCCAGGAGGAGCUGCAGGUCCUGGAGAAGUUCUUCGAAAUGAGGGUCGCAGGACCACCGUUUAAAUACAAUACACUAAAUGCCUUUACAAAGCUGUUGGGGGCUCCCACUCAUAUCCUUAGGGACUGUGUACGAAUCAUGAAACUGGAGCUGUUCCCAGACCAGGCUGCCCAGCUGAAGUGGAACGUGCAGUUCUGCCUGACCAUCCCUCCCAGCGCCCCUCCCAUUGCUCCUCCCGGGACCAUCGCGGUGGUGCUCAAAUCCAAAAUGCUGUUCUUCCUCCAGCUGACCCAGCGGCUGCCGUCCCCUCAGGAGCCCAUCAGUAUCAUCGUGCCCAUCGUGUAUGACAUGGCCAGCGGGAUGACACAGCAGGCUGACAUUCCUCGGCAGCAGAGCUCCUCUGGGGCAGCGGCGCUCAUGGUCAGCAGCAUCCUGAAGCGCUUUCACGAGAUGCACCCUCCGCGCCAGAGUGAAUGCACAAUAUUUGCAGCAGUGCACGAACUGAUGGCAAACCUCACACUGCCCCCUGGAGGCAGACCAUAGCACAUUCUUUUCAGAGAAAAGGACUCAAAAUGAAGAUCAGCCAGAUUUUUUUUUUUUAUCAGAAAUUACAGACUGCAGCCAAACAGGAACCAAUGUAAAUUGGGAAGCCAGUCAUAAAUUAUUUUAAAGAGCUAAAGAUUAGAAGAAAAGAAAAAAAAAAACUAUGAAUCUAUUUUUUCCGAGAUGCACUUCUUAAAUAAUAAAUGAUGUAAUAAGAGUAAAUAGGGUUGUCUACCUGCUGUUGUAUAUUGUUUUAUAUGCUGGGAUUUAAGGAAAGACAGUCCAAUACGGAGGACUCUUUACCAUGAACUUCUAUUCAAAAGGUUUCUUUUUUUAUACUGUGAGAAACAAAUGCUAGGGUAUUAGAAAUGAUUUACUUUUAUUAGUACAUUAUGUAAAUAUUUCUUUUUUUUUUAAUUUCUUUUUGAUGUUGUAGCCAAAUUUUUUUUUUUCAUUUAAGCCUGUCACUUUGAAUACUGUAAAACUGUGACGAACUUUAUAAUGAAGCUGUAUUUUAUUAUGACUGCUUUGAGUCUUUACAAAAGGUCUGAUUCUGUUGUCUGUGUCACAGACGAGUACUAUUUAAUAAAUUGAUAAAGAAAUCA